AAUAGUAGGCGGUGCAUUUGCCGGUGAGACGCAAAAACAUGGCGCUGGGAAGUUCUCUGUAUCGGGCGCUCUUCCGCAGAACUUCUACCUUCACGCUGACCAUAGUGAUCGGCGCGGUGUUGUUCGAGCGGGCGUUUGACCAGGGGGCGGAUGCUGUGUAUGAUCAUCUCAACAGAGGGAAAUUAUGGGAGCACAUCAAACACAAGUACGAGCAGUCAGAAGAAUAGACUGACCAGACUGAUGUGUAAAGAAAAAGACUGAAUAGGCUGGCCUGUCAUCAGGGAGAAGAACAGAAUCCCCUACAAAAACCUUUCCCUGAAACUCUGCAGACUGUUUUUUCAGAUGUAUUUGUGAUUUUGCUCUGUGUCUGUUUAAUACAACUCCAUGUAAAGUCUCUAAUAAAACUGUCAGCUAUGAUGGACUGAAGUGAUA